AUGGCCUCCGGUUCCUGUCCUCCGAGCCCCUCUGGCCCACAGUCUCCACCGCUGCCACAACAGCCCCAGGCCCGCUCACGGCUCAAUGCCACCACCUCGGUGGAGCAGGAGAAGAGUGGGACGCCCCGAGCUCCCGGACCCCAGGUUGGACCUGGACGAGAUGUGAGAGACACGGCUGCCUCGGCCAUGCCCCAGGCCUCGCGUGCUAGGAGCCAAGAAAGGGCGGAAGGAACAGGGCCUGCGAAGGGAGAUGUGGACACUCCCUUUGAAGAGGUCCUGGAGAAGGCCAAGGCUGGGGACCCCAAGGCACAGACAGAGGUGGGGAAACGCUACCUGCAGCUUGCCGGUGACGGGGAUGAAGAGGUCAACAACUGCACUGCCGUCGACUGGCUGACCCUUGCCGCCAAGCAGGGCCGGCGCGAGGCCGUCAAGCUUCUCCGCCGGUGCCUGGCGGACAGAAAAGGCAUCACCUCCGAGAACGAGCAGGAGGUGAGGCACCUUUCCUCCGAGACCGACCUGGAGCGGGCCGUGCGCAAGGCGGCCCUCGUCAUGUACUGGAAGCUCAACCCCAAGAAGAAGAAGCAGGUGGCCGUGUCGGAGCUGCUGGAGAACGUGGGCCAGGUCAACGAGCACGACGGAGGGGUGCAGCCUGGCCCCGUCCCCAAGUCGCUGCAGAAGCAGAGGCGGGUGCUAGAGCGCUUGGUCAGCAGCGAAUCCAAGAGCUACAUAGCGCUGGACGACUUCGUGGAGAUCACCAAAAAGUACGCCAAGGGCGUCAUCCCUGCCGACCUGUUCCUGCAGGACGACGACGAUGACGAGCUGGCAGGCAAGAGCCCCGAGGACCUGCCCCUGCGCCUGAAGGUGGUCAGAUACCCGCUGCACGUCAUCAUGGAGCUGAAAGAGUACCUGAUAGACGUGGCGUCCCGGGCGGGCCUGCACUGGCUGUCCACCCUCGUGCCCACCCACCACAUCAACGCCCUGGUCGUCUUCUUCGUCGUCAGCAACCUCACCAUCGACUUCUUCGCCUUCGUGGUGCCCCUGGUCGUCUUCUACCUGUCCUUCGCCUCCAUGGUCAUCUGCACCCUCAAGGUUUUCCAGGACAGCAGGGCCUGGGAGAGCUUCCGUGCCCUCACCAGCCUGCUCCUGCGAUUCGAGCCCGACCUGGACGUGGAGCAGGCCGAGGGGAACUUCGGCUGGAGCCACCUGGAGCCCUACGUCCACUUCCUGCUGUCUGUCUUCUUCGUCAUCUUCUCCUUCCCCAUCGCCAGCAAGGACUGCAUCCCCUGCUCGGAGCUGGCCGUCGUGUCCGUCUUCUUCACGGCCACCAGCUACAUGAGCCUGAGCACCUCGGCCGAGCCCUACACCCGGAGGGCCCUGGUGACUGAGGUGGCGGCCGGCCUGCUCUCCCUUCUGCCCACCGUGCCCGUCGACUGGCGCUACCUGAAGCUCCUGGGCCGGACCUUCUUCACAGUGCCCGUGGGCCACUUCGUCGUCCUGAACGUCAGCAUCCCCUGCCUGCUCUACGUAUACCUGCUGUACCUCUUCUUGCGCAUGGCCCAGCUGAGAAACUUCAAGGGCGCCUACUGCUACCUGGUCCCCUACCUGGUCUGCUUCGUGUGGUGCGAGCUCUCCGUGGUCAUCCUGCUCGAGUCCACGGGCCUGGGGCUGGUGCGCGCCUCCAUCGGCUACUUCCUCUUCCUCUUCGCUCUCCCCAUCCUGGUGGCCGGCCUGGCGCUGAUGGCUGCAGUGCGGUUGGCCCACUGGUUCUUGUCCCUGGAGCUCGCCAAGGUCGUGGUCGCCAUGGUGGUCUGCAGCAUCCCCCUGCUGGUCCGUUGGUGGACCAGGGCCAACUUCUCCGUGGUGGAGAUGGUCAAGUCCCUGACACGGAGCUCCAUCGUCAAGCUGAUCCUGGUGUGGAUCACGGCCAUCGUGCUCUUCUGCUGGUUCUACGUGUACCGCUCGGAGGGCAUGAAGGUCUACAACUCCACGCUGACCUGGCAGCAGUACGGCUUCCUGUGCGGGCCGAGGGCCUGGAAGGAGACCAACAUGGCCCGCACCCAGAUCCUGUGCAGCCACCUGGAGGGCCACAGGGUCACGUGGACCGGCCGCUUCAAGUAUGUCCGCGUGACGGAGAUCGACAACAGCGCCGAGUCAGCCAUCAACAUGCUCCCGCUCUUCAUCGGCGACUGGGUGCGCUGCCUCUACGGUGAGGCCUACCCGUCCUGCAGCUCGGGCAACGUCUCCACGGCCGAGGAGGAGCUCUGCCGCCUCAAGCUCCUGGCCAAGCACCCCUGCCACAUCAAGAAGUUCGACCGGCACAAGUUCGAGAUCACCGUGGGCAUGCCCUACAGUGGCGCCAACGGCACCCGCGGCCCCGAGGAGGACGACAUCACCAAGGACAUCGUGCUGCGGGCCAGCAGCGAGUUCAAGGACGUGCUGCUCCACCUGCGCCAGGGCAGCGUCAUCGAGUUCAGCACCGUCCUCGAGGGCCGCCUGGGCAGCAAGUGGCCCGUCUUCGAGCUCAAGGCCAUCAGCUGCCUCAACUGCAUGGCGCAGCUCUCACCAGCCAGGCGGCAGGUGAAGGUCGAGCGGGACUGGCGCAGUGCCGUGCAUGGCGCCGUGAAGUUCGCCUUCGACUUCUUCUUCUUCCCCUUCCUGUCGGUGGCCUGAGGAUGCAUCCCGUUGCAGGAGUGUCGGUGCAUGUGGCUGCCAGGACCUCCCCCCA